AACAAAGCCCAUUCCUUUUUCCCCUCUCUCUCUCUCUCUCUCUCUCUCUCUCAGUCUCACUGCUUCUUCAUCACCACCACACCUCCGUCGCCGCCCCCAGAUUCUAUACACAAUGUCAUAACCACUAGCAGCUCCACCUCCUCCUACACCAAGAAUAAAAAUGGGGACUUGCACAUCAAAAGCUCCCAAACCCAACCCUUACGCUCCUCAAAACGGAACUGUAAAUGAUGACUCCACUAACCCGAACCAGACUCCGAAAUCUCCACUUGCACCUCUCCGUAACCCAAAGCAGUCCCCUUUCUUCCCAUUCUACACACCUAGUCCUGCUUAUUUGUUCAAGAAAUCGCCUUCUACUGAUCCCGCUGCUGCUGACUCUACUCCUACUCCGAUGCGGAUCUUUAAGAAGCCUUUUCCGCCGCCUUCUCCUGCCAAACACAUUAGGGCCGUCUUAAGAAGGCGUGAACAGGGAAAAAAGAAGAAGAAAGCAGCAAUUCCGGAGGAAGGAGAAGAUGAGAGCGAGGAUGCGGGUGCAUUAGAGUUGGAUAAGAGAUUUGGGUUUUCGAAAGAGUUCACUAGUAGGUUGGAGGUGGGGGAGGAGGUUGGUCGAGGGCAUUUUGGGUAUACUUGUUCUGCUAAGUUCAAGAAGGGUGAUCGCAAGGGGCAGCAAGUUGCUGUUAAAGUCAUACCCAAAUCCAAGAUGACAACAGCUAUUGCAGUCGAGGAUGUGAGAAGGGAGGUGAAAAUAUUAAAGGCCUUGACAGGACACAACAAUCUUGUACAGUUCCAUGAUGCAUUUGAAGACUCUGAUAAUGUCUAUAUAGUGAUGGAGUUAUGUGAAGGUGGGGAGCUCCUAGACAGAAUACUUUCAAGGGGUGGGAAAUACUCAGAAGAUGAUGCAAAGGCUGUCUUGGCGCAGAUACUUAAGGUUGUUGCCUUUUGUCACCUACAAGGGGUGGUCCACCGAGAUCUUAAACCAGAGAACUUUCUGUAUACUAAUAAGGAUGAGAACUCUCAGCUGAAAGUCAUAGACUUUGGUUUAUCAGAUUUUGUCAGACCAGAUGAAAGACUUAAUGAUAUUGUGGGGAGUGCAUACUAUGUGGCACCUGAAGUCCUCCAUAGAUCUUAUAGCACGGAGGCUGAUGUGUGGAGCAUAGGUGUUAUAGCGUAUAUUCUAUUAUGUGGCAGUCGUCCAUUUUGGGCCCGGACUGAGUCUGGAAUUUUUCGGGCAGUCUUGAAAGCUGAUCCAAGUUUUGAUGAAGCACCUUGGCCUUCUUUAUCUCCAGAAGCAAAAGACUUUGUCAAACGUCUAUUAAACAAGGACCCCAGAAAGCGAAUGUCGGCAGCUCAGGCUUUAAGUCAUCCUUGGAUCCGGAAUCAUAAUGAUAUAAAAGUGCCUCUUGAUAUCUUAAUUUUCAGACUCAUGAAGGCAUAUAUGCGCUCAUCAUCUCUGCGUAAGGCUGCUUUAAGGGCAUUGUCUAAGACAUUGUCUGUACAUGAACUUUAUUUUCUGAAGGAACAGUUUGCAUUAUUAGAACCAAACAAAAAUAGCACCAUAACCUUGGAAAACCUUAGAAUGGCCUUGAUGAAAAAUGCGACGGAUGCAAUGAAAGAUUCACGCAUACCUGAUUUCCUUUCCUCACUAAAUGCACUUCAAUACAGAAGAAUGGAUUUUGAAGAAUUUUGUGCAGCUGGCUUGAGCGUCCAUCAGCUGGAGGCACUAGAUCAGUGGGAACAGCGUGCUAUUAGUGCAUAUGAGCUUUUUGAUAAAGAUGGAAACAGGGCUAUUGUUAUAGAAGAGCUUGCUUCAGAACUUGGGCUUGGCCCCUCGAUCCCAGUUCAUGCUGUCCUCAAUGACUGGAUAAGGCAUACUGAUGGAAAACUCAGCUUCCAUGGUUUUGUAAAAUUGUUGCAUGGUGUUUCAAGCCGAACCGUUGCAAAGGUGCAAUGAAGAAUAGAUGUGUGUUUUUGACCCUGUUGGAAGCAUCGAGUUUUACUAUGCUUCUUGUCUGAAACGGCCCAGGAGACGCGUAUGAUAUAUAUAUAUAUAUAGGUUAGAUGUGCAGCAACUAUUGAUGAAUCAUGAAACAUCUGGAGAUACAGCUUCUUUGCUUCCAAGUGCAGACUCCAAGAGCCUUCAGUUUCAUGCAAAUUCUUCAAAGAGCAAGAGUCGAUCAUGAUGCCGAUGUUUCAUAUUACUUAUAAAUGUCUGGUUGGCGUUGUGUUGUAAAGAAUAUAGUUUAGUCUUGGCUUAAACAGGCAACGAGGUAUUUUUACCACUAUUUGAUCCGUUAUACAUACAUUUCCAUUGCUUCCGUGCCCA